UAUUAAGAUGUAAUAAUAGUACUCUUGUCUGACGAGACAGGCCUCCAGCAUAGAGCCAGUGAAGGUUAUUGAGGACAGGAAGUGUCUGUUUGGAGGAGAGAGGCAAUGCCUAAAUGUCUGAUGCAGCAGAAGGUGGGAUUUUGUGAAGGCUGAGGUAAAACCUGUGGAUUAUGAGCUUUGAGGAGACGUCUUCAAACAAGUGUAUAAGCUAAUUGAAAAGAAUAGACUUGCUUGUGGAACAGACAAGCUAAUGGUAUCGCAUAAAAGUACGUUUUUUGUGUUUUUCAUCUCUUUAGCUCAGCCAUGAUGUUAUUUCUAGUCGAGACAAGCUGCAGCCUUAUUGGCUGGCUUUUUCUGUAUAUUCUGCUGUGUCACGUGAACAGAAAGCGAAAUGCCGAGUGGAACUGCAGACUCAUCACCCUGAUCCACGGGGUCCUCAUAGUUUUGCUAACUGCUUACAUCGGGUUUGUUGAUGGGCCAUGGCCAUUCACGGAUGUCGGCUCAGAAAACACCCCACUUCAGAUCCUAGCCCUGCUCCUCAGUCUGGGCUACUUCCUCUUUGACAUGGCCUGGUGUGUGUACUUCCGUACAGAGGGUCCUAUAAUGCUGGCCCAUCAUACCCUAAGCAUCCUGGGCAUUGUGUGCGCUCUGGGAAUGGGUGAAUCAGGCAUCGAGGCAUGCGCGGUGCUCUUUGGCAGUGAAAUCACCAAUCCACUCCUGCAGGCCCGCUGGUUCCUCAAGCAGAUGGGCCGCUAUGACAGCCUGAGCGGUGACAUCGUCGACUUCCUCUUCAUCACACUCUUCGCCUGUGUGCGGAUCGGCGUCGGUGGCCGCAUGCUCUACUGUGAGCUGGCGUCUCCAAAACCCAAACUGGUCAUGAAGGUGGGCGGGGUAGCCAUCUACGCCCUCUCUUGCGUCUUCAUGGUGGACAUUGCCUGCUUUGCUUGUCGGAAAACCUGCAACAAGUACAGACGAUGGCAGGAACAGAAGAAGCUUAAUAAUGCUAAUGGUCAUACUCGAGUACUGAAAUAACAAGCUAAAGCAAGUGGACAAUGGAGGGAACAUUUGUAUUUUGUUUAUGACUUGAAAUAAAGGCUGUUUAUA